AGUCGGAGUGAGACGUCUGUCUGCUGUGACUCUCUGUGCAGCGGAGUGACGCAGCAGGAAGCAGCGGAGACCAAAGGAGCGUCGGUGCGUCUGAUCAACAGGCAGACAGUUUGUUCGACUAAUAAUCGAUACUGAAGUUGAUCGAACGGAAAGUAAACAGCUGUUUUGAUGACGUGUCUGUGACGUCUUUUAUGCAUUUUUUUCCACCUGUUUUUUUGGACUUUGAAGAUGCUGACGUACUGCUGAGGUCUUUAUGACGUGUUUCCACGUGUUUCGUGCACUACCGUGAUGACGUCGGUGCUGCAGCUUCCGGCCGAGCUGUGGCUGCAGGUGUUCAGCUUCCUGUCAUGGAGAGACAAACUGAGCGUGCGCAGCACCUGUUCCCACUUCAAACAGCUCCUGGAUAAGUCCCGCCCCCUGUGGCGUGGCUUCAGCGUCACCUUGACGAACUUCUCCAGGUAUAAUCGGCCAUUUUGGCGCAGUUUGGCUCAGAGGCACGUGGGCAGAGUAUCGCUGCGCUCAGGUAAGAGGAAACAGCUGAAGGAGCUCCACACCUGGCUUCCUGCGCUCGAGGCGCUGCGAUUGGACGACUGGAGGGAAGGGGGCGUGGACGAGCUCAAACUGUUCUGCCAGCUCAAGUGUUUGUCAGUCACUUCCUGUUUCACUCCCCUGAAAAGCCUUGACUUCCUGUUUCCUCUGCGUCAUCAGCUGACUCAGCUCAGUCUGUGUAACCUGCAGCUCACCUGUGUGACCUCUCACCUGUUGGCGGUCGUCAGUCAGCUGACCCGUCUGACCUCUCUGGUGCUGCAUCAUGACGGCAGUCUGAGGGUCCCCACCCUCAGCGGCGUCCUGAAUCACCUGUCGGAGCUCACGCACCUGUCGUGCACCAUGGUCACCUACAAGACGCUGUCACAUGACUUUUUCAGCUCCGCCCACCCCACAGGUAAACACACAUGCACAGGAAAGGGAGCGCGUCCAAUCGUAUUAGAGAGAACUUACGCUGCGUUCGAGUUUCCUCGGAGCUGAAACUGACGUCACACCGAGUUUUCAGUUACCAAGUCGGAAAAAAGCGAAAUCGGAAUAACGAAAGUUAUUUUAGCGCUUGUCUUGUCCGGAUAUGAGGCAAGCGCCAAAAUAACUUUCGUAGAUGUCGCCAUCUUGUUUCCGCCUCCAAUUUUGAUUUUUUCUGACUUGGUAACCGAAACGCCGGUGUGACGUCAUUUUCAGCUCCGACAUCUGACCUCCGAGGAACCUCGAACACGGCGUUACGAUGUCAUCAUGAUCGAUCAAGUCAGAAUCAUUUUUACAGUCGGUUGAUUUGGCGCCCUCUGUGGGAACAGAAGAGUAAUGGUAGGGGAAGGUCCCGCCCUCCUUCGCCUCUGAUUGGCCAGAAUUGCCAGGCUCCGGUCUGUUAUUCUUUAUGGCUGUGAAACGUCGUCGUCUGUCGGGUUCGGAGAAUUGCGAUAAUUUUCUGUUUGAUGUUCAGAGCCGACAGCCUGCGCUCGGAUUGAGCAUGUGAUGAUGUUUCACAGCCAAUCAGAGGUGAUGGAGGCGGGACCUUCCUCGGACCUCGGACUGUAAAAUAACCUGUGAAGUUUAAUUUGGUGGAUUUAAGACGUUAUUCUUGUUCAGUCUGUGACUUUAAACGACUUUAAACGACUUCACUCCUCGUUCAUUAAAUUUGUGUUAAUUAACUUUAAAAAUCUCACUAAUUUGAACGGUCAGAAUGUAAAUAUGAUUUUAGUCCAAAAAGAGAGAAUCUUUUUUAGGUUCAGGUGUUUUUUUGUCUUUUUUUCUCCCUCCUUUAAUCCUCAUUUUCUCACCUUUAAACCUGAACUUUGACCUCAGACAGGUGUGCUGAUGUUUGUCCGACGGUUCCAGGUAAAGACCUCGAUUGUAAAACCAGGUGUGCUGUCCUGUUGUCCACCAGGUGGCGCUCCUCUGAAGCUGUCUGACCUGCAGCUGUUGAACUACGACGCCGUGGUGACGGCGGAGGUCCUGCAGCCUCUGUCGAACCUGCACAGCCUGUCGGUGUUUCACCUGUACUCCGUACCCGGGCCCACCUGUCACCUGAGGACGUGGCUGACGUCGCUGCAGCAGCUCCGCAGCCUCAGCGUUCACGGUCAGUUCAUGAACUUUGACCUUCUUUGACUUUAACCUCAGAGUUCGUUAGAAUCGGGUUCAGGUGAGCCCGUCACCUUUUUGAUUGGACGUCGUUCCGUUGUUCAUUAAUGAUGUCACGAUGACCUCACUCUGUCCAUCCAAUAGGAGGCCACCCUCUGGCGGCGUACGCUGACUUCCUGCCGUCCUCCCUCCUGAGUCUGGUGCUCUGUGUGGACCUGCAGCCUGAAGAUCUUCAGGUGGUCUCCCUCAGAGUUCCUCACCUGGAACACCUUCACCUGGAGCCCUGGAGCUCCUCCUCCAACCUGGUCAGGCUCCUCCCACAGCUGUUCCCUCACCUGAGGACGCUCCGGAUCAGGUGAGUCAGCGUCACCUGACCUCUGGAUCCUGAAUCCCGUCACAGGAAGUUAAAAUGUUGUUUUUUUUCGUCUUCAGACAUCAACACGUGUCGGACGCCGACCUCCUGUCCCUGCAGCAGCUGCAGCGUCUUCACACUCUCGAGGUUCUGGACUCGUUCUACAGACCCGACCCGAGUGACCCCAGCUGGGUCAUCUACGGACCGAGUCCUCGCCUGCAGCAGCUGACCUCUGACCUGCAGAAUCAGACCAAUCACAGGGUUCGAGUCAUCACCAGCUCACACAGUGACCCGCUCAGCUGUGACUGUGUCUGACCAAUCACAGAGCAGCUGAUGUUUUUGAUCGUUAUGCUGCGUUUCGAGUUUCCUCGGAAUCACGUCGGAGAAGAAAAUGACGAAACACCAGAGUUCGCAGCGUUUCAGUUACUGAGUCGGAAAAAAGGCAAAAUCGGAGAAACAAGAUGUCUACGUCUACGAACGUUACUUUAGCGCUAGCCUUGUCUGAAUAUUAGACAAGCGCUAAAAUAACUUUCAUAUUCAACCUGAUUUUGUUUUUUUCCAACUGGGUAACAAAAGUUAUUUUAGCGCUCGCUAUGCGCCUCGAAAGUCAGACGUCGGAGCUUGACUUAAAUAAACUAAAUUAAGCUUAAAUUAACUAAACUAACUAAUUAACAUAACUAACCUAAACUAAACCUAACUAACCUAAAUUUAACUAAACUAGUUUAACCCUAACUUAACUAAUCUAAAUCCACCUAAACUUAACGAAACUAAAUUUUAGCGCUUGCCUUAUAUUCAGACAAGGUAAGCGCUAAAGUAACGUUCGUAGACGUCGCCAUCUUGUUUCUCCGAUUUCGCUUUUUUCCGACUCAGUAACUGAAACGCUGAGAACUCUGGUGUGACGACAUUUUCAGCUCGGACCUCUGACACGGUAACCUGAACGCAUUAAUCUUACACAUGCCUUAAUGAAGCCACUGUCUUACUGCUGCAUGCUGGGUAAUGUAGUUUAAAACAACUCGGUACUCUCUCACCCCCUCCUUCAGUGUCUUAAUGUCAAUAAAGUGUUAAUAAAUAAAUCGAAGCGCCACGAGAACCUGUCGGUGUGCUAACAGGAACCAGAACCCGCUCACUGAGUGGGUCAUGUGACAGCAGCAGACUGUCCCCUCCUCUGUGAUUGGUCAGUUCAUGUUUUCUGUUGUUUAGACUCUGAUGACCCGUGAAAAUAAAACACUCUUAUUACAGAAAACAAAACUUUUAUUUUGAAAUUACAAACAUGUUAUUUACAACAGAAAUAAAAACUUUUCACUUUAUAGAAAAAAACAAA